AUGGCGGAGUUCAUAGGCAUCCUGCAAGAGAUCCAACAGUUACAGCCUGGACAGCACCUCUUUUGCCCUCGACAGAACGACAACGACCAGGACAGAUACGAAGAUGAGCGAAACCCCAGUGUUGCCAGAGAAGGCACACUUGAUCCAGAUCGGCUUGCCCGGAUCGAAGAAACAAAGAUUCGCCGGAGGAAGUUCAUGACAUCGUUGCAACUCCUGGCCUACGACGGACGAGAAAGUGAACAAUAUCAACGCUUCAUAUGGGAGACCCUUGAUGAAAGCCUCGGAAAAUGUGACAUCUGUAUCCGCGAGUACUACGUUGCAAAGGUGGAUUUCGUGGCCGCGCUGAGAGAAGACUAUGAAGAGGAAGAUAUCAAGAACUUCUUUGAAAUCAUCAACAGGAGGGAUAUCCAACGAAUCAUCCAGGGGCUUGACGGGGCAACCAAAACCCUCGAAGAAGUUCCGGAGCAGAGGAGGGGGACUGCAGUACUGAACCACAAGGAUCUACAUGCUUUGUUCGAGGCUCUGGUCUCCAACGUCUUCCUACAGAAUGAAGACCUUCUGCAGAAACACUUUGACCCGCCGUUCAAGAUGAUACAGGCCAAGAAACCGCUUAAGAUGCGAGAAAUCUUGCCCGCCUCCACCAAGUUUCUCUUUGACUCCGUCCCCGUCCGCGUAGGGUGGGCGACCUCAAUCUGGAACCGAAUUGAGCGCUGUCCGACGGACCUUGAAUGGGACUGGGCCAUGCAGGAUUACAUUCAGGCAAAGUUGCAAUACGCCUCUGAGCCUGGCGAUAUCUCGAAACUUUGGAGUGCUAUGAAGCUGAUCGUGAGCAAACUUGACGAGCGGAUGAUUACAUACAAGCUUUUCGACCUUCACCCGAACGUCUGUACCACAGCGUUGAGCCACUUCGCCAAACGUUCGCAGGCCGUUCCCUUCAUCUGCCAGUCUUUCAAGAUGAUCCUAGACACCGCACCUGGAGCGUUUUGGCAGGCAAUGGGCUCUAUAUCCUCUCAAGCCAUCGUCGAACAGAUAUUUGGAAGUCCUCAAUUCAACAAAUGCCUCCAAGAAUCCAGUGCAAAUCCAGAGUCGAGGGACAUGGACGUCCUAUCAUGGGUUCCCUCACUACUUGGCUCCCUGAAACCCGCAAACCGGCCCGCCGCUUCGCAAACGAUAGUCAGGCAGUUGUUCGAGAGAAUUGACAAUGAUAGCAUCAAGCUUCCAGCAAGAACUGCAUGUUUCAGUAUGGCUGUAAAGGUUCUUCUGACAACUAUCAUCAGCUUCUCGGACAACGAAAAGAAUCGGCAGUCUGUCGAGCGGCUGGUCCUGAAGGAUACCCUUAGCCUAAUAGGACAUCGUCUGGGCGAGAUACUCAGACCCAAUGAUCCAGAGCUAGCAAGAUGCUUGGGGAAGGAGACAAAGGAGGACAUGGUGAACAUCGUCAAAAACUCGAUUGCGCUGGAAUGUCAGUGCCUCAAGUCGGAUUUUGAGACUUUGACUUUAAAGGAACAGCUCCGACAUGACUCCAGCUCUUACACACCUGAGAUCUGGACCGCGGUCAUCGACAACCUAAAGGACGAAGAGCCUGAACUGUCUGCUGCAGCACUAAUCGGCAUCAUGCCAAUCCCCGGUCUUGAACAAUUCAGGAUAAGAGAAGGUCAGCCCAUGGCCAAAGAGAAAAAGUCGUACAAUUCUAUUUUCGAAAAGUUGACCGGAAUGGUGGCAAAACUUUUGGAACGCAUUUCUGAAUUCAAGCCAGAUCAUCUAGACUACUUGUUCAGAGCCCAGAAUACCAGCAUGUCUCUGAUCGCCGCCCUAUUUUCGCCCGACAACAGUACCUAUCAAGCCGCAAUCGAAGUCGUCAAAAACAUUAGCGGCGAGUUUGGUCGGAAAGAAGCACUUGCCCAUUUGAUUGAAGCCUUCCUCGGCAUCACCAUAUAUGGCGUUUGUUGGACGUUUCGACGGAUUGCCAAUUUUAAGACCUUUGCCUCCGUGCCGCGGAUGCUCAAAAACGGCAUGGAAAUCCUUGACGUGCUUUGCAACCCUACGUAUGGGCAAUUGCGGAGAGCUAAUAUCUCAAGCCGAGAUGCUGCUGCGGUUCAGAAUUACUGGUCUUAUCAGUGGAUUGCCCUCAAGGUGAUCUUCAGCCAGACAGAACGGUGGUCGCUGGAGGUUCACGAUAAAGCAAAAAUGAUAGAGGUCUGCAGAGAUGCCAUGCAGUAUGCCGAAGCCCUCUUUGACCAAUACGAUCUUUUCGCAAGCGUCCUGACAAAAGCGAAAGCCGACAAAGCCCAAGAGAUCCCUAAGAUUCUCCUAGAUUCCAGGGACACACAAUUGGGCUCUCCACUGAACGCGCUGGAUGCGAUGUCAAAGUGGUUACGGCUUCGAGACGAGUAUCUCGCUGAUACUCUAGUGUCUCUCAUCACCAACAUGCUAUUCCGGCUGAAGCGGCAUCAAGCGUUAGCGACAGAUAGUGAGGGUCUCGCAUAUGUCCAAGAGGUUGCAACGAAGCAGUCUGUCAAGACCAUCCUCUCGGCAUCCCAAAAGGCGCGACUUGUCCGGGCAUUAGAGAGUUACUAUGACCGACCUCUUGAGAGGCCUAUAGCUAAGAAACAGACCACGCUCAAUCUGAAAGAUUGGACAGGAUCGGCUGCUCCACAGUCGGAGGCGUCUACGCGAAACUCGAAGGAACGGAGCGUAGAUGAGUUCGGCGAUGAUGACAUUGCGGACGAAGACCUGAUUGAGAUCGCGAACAAGACACUGGGUACCCAGAGGGCCACAGUCACGACGAAGGAAAAGAACAAGAUCAAGUCCCUUCUCUCAAGACCCCAUCCCACAAAGACCAAGACUUCACCUGCAACCACGGUCGAUAUUGCAGCCCAAAAAGCCCAGGAAGCGAGAGUUUUCAUUGAAAAUCGCAAACGUGAGGAAGCUGCCCGGAAACUCAGAGACAGGGAAGCUGCUAUGAAAUUACGUGGCCAAACCGGCGUUGGCGAACAAACCGCAGGUCAAGGCUCUGGCUUAAGAGGCAUUGGUAUAAUUGGCAAAGAUCACUCUGCGGGUCCAAACAGCCUGAUGGUCUCUUCCGAAUCCGAAUCCGAGUCGGAUUCGGACGAAGAGCUAUUUGGCAAAUACCCAAAAGCUGGACCGACAGUCCGCAGCCAUGCGGGUGCGAGGAAGCCUGUCGCCGCCGGGCCAGUACGGAAGAUCAAGCAAGUUCGCUCGCAGAAGGAUGUCCGAGCCCGGCUGGCACCCGACCUUAGCGAACUGCAUCGAACGAUUCUCAGCUGGGACUUCUUUGCAGACACAGAUCUCCCACCUACUUCGGUAAAAGAUGACUAUACCCUUGUGACGAGCACAUUCCGGACUGCCCUGGACUACCAGAAGACUUUUGAGCCUCUCUUAAUCCUUGAAGGCUGGCAGUCUUUCCGAGCAGCUCGUGAAGAUGGCAAUUUCAGACCAUUUCAAGUGAGAGUGGCCAAUUCCCUCAUUGUGGACAACUUCAUCGAGGUAAACUCUCAGAUGUCUCUUGCAGAAGGGAAGGAGCUGAGUAUUGGAACAUCGGAUGUGGUGCUGCUGUCAAAGUCUCCAACUCCUGAGCAAGAUCCGCGGGAGCCUCAUUGCUUAGCACGAGUCAAGGAAAUCAGCAGAAAGAAAGGGGAAGUCCAGGUCGUCUAUCGGGUCAGCGCAGCAAAUAACCCCUUACGCCCAUAUCUGAACGACAAAUCAACAGUUUAUGGUGCCCAGAUCUUAUCUCUGACCCCGUUAGAGAGAGAAUAUGGUGCGUUGAUGGCAUUACAGUACUAUGAUCUCUGCGACGAGAUCAUCAAUGCCAAGCCAUCGCCGAUACUGGACUAUUCGGAUAAGGAACUCGAGCCUUUCCAGAGGACGUACCAGGUGAAUCAAGCCCAGGCCAAGGCCGUCAAGUCGGCGCUCGACAAUGAUGCCUUUACUUUGAUACAGGGUCCACCUGGAUCGGGGAAGACCAAGACCAUUUGCGCCUUGGUCGGUGCAAUGAUGACAGGGUCUAUCAAGAAAUCAAACGAUAACGGUCCACGAUUGAACACGGCGACCGGCCGUGUCCCACCGGUUGCCAGAAAGGUGCUCGUCUGUGCUCCAAGUAAUGCCGCGGUUGACGAACUGGUCAUGAGACUCAAGUUAGGCGUCACAUCACUGGAUGGCUCAUUUGACAAGCUAUCGGUUGUUCGACUUGGACGGACCGAUGCCAUCAAUGCCGGUGUCAAGGACGUUACCUUGGAGGAACUGGUCAAUGCUAAGCUCAACGCCGCAGCACCGAAGGAUCCGAGAGAAGAUAUCCACUCGGUGAUGAUGGAACACAAAGCAGUGUCGGAAGAGUUAAACGCUCUCCGAGCACGGAUCGAUGAACAGCGUGGUGGAGGGCAGCCGGUCUCCUCGGCGGACGAACAGCUGAUGGAUGCCCUCAAACGGAAGAAGAAUGGCCUAGGCUCCAAGAUCGACGACAUGAGAGAACGUCAAAAUACUGCAUCUCGUGAUAUGGAGCUCAAUCGCAAGAGAGUCCAACAGGAAAUUCUCGACUCGGCCCACGUCCUUUGUGCGACUCUGAGCGGAAGUGGUCAUGAGAUAUUUCAAAGUCUCAACGUCGAAUUUGAGACUGUGAUUAUCGACGAGGCAGCUCAAUCGAUUGAGCUUUCGGCAUUGAUCCCCCUCAAAUACGGAUGCUCGAAAUGUAUCCUGGUAGGUGAUCCGAAACAACUGCCACCUACAGUUCUGUCACGCGAGGCAGCCAAGUUCCAGUAUGAGCAGAGUUUGUUUGCCCGUAUGGAGAGCAAUCACAAGAAGGACGUGCAUCUCCUCGAUACACAGUACCGUAUGCACCCUGAGAUCAGUCUCUUCCCCAGCAAAUCAUUCUAUGACUCGCGACUGAAGGAUGGUCCGGACAUGGCCAAACUUCGACGGAGACCCUGGCAUCACAGCAACAUCUUCGCCCCGUAUCGCUUCUUUGAUGUGCAAGGGAUGAGCCAGGCGGUCCCCAAAGGGCAUUCUUUGGUCAACUAUGCAGAACUGAACAUUGCUAUGCAACUAUAUGAGCGACUAGUCACAGAUGUUCCGAAGUAUGAUUUUACUAGAAAGAUCGGCAUCAUCACUCCAUACAAGGGACAACUGAGAGAGCUCAGGUUGCGCUUCAAGCAAAGAUAUGGCGAGGAGAUUGUCUCGAAGAUCGAAUUCAAUACCACGGAUGCCUUUCAGGGCCGGGAGAGCGAGAUCAUCAUUUUCUCAUGUGUCCGAGCCUCUACGCAGGGUAUCGGUUUCCUGAACGACAUUCGACGUAUGAAUGUGGGUCUUACGCGAGCCAAAUCCUCCCUGUGGGUUUUGGGUAACUCGCAGUCAUUGACUCAAGGAGAGUACUGGCGUGCUCUGAUCAACGAUGCAAAGGCCAGAAACGUGUACACGCAAGGGGACAUCAUCAGUGUCCUUCGGCGUCCGCUGUUGACAGAGGAUAUGAUGAAAGACGAUGUUGAUAUGAUGGAUGCGAGCAGCCCUGUCGGUGAAACGGCAAAACCGACUGCCCCAUCACCACCAGACUCGAGAGAGCCUUCUGCAGCAACCAGAAAGGGCAGCAACGACGCCCCCCGCCCGGGGUAUUCUUCGCAUCAGAACACCACGCUCCCAUCUAGACCACCACAGAGUAGUCUCUUACGACGAUCCUCUCUAUCGUCCAUUGCCAGAACUGAACCCCAGUACAAUGAUUCGACCCAGGCCGAGUCCAAACGAGUUGCAUCCAAGAUAGAGACCGAUGGCGACAAGCGCCCACCCCCCAGUAGAUUGGUAACGGAGCCAAUUCUGCGGUCCGAACUCAACCAAGCCAACCCAGGUGUCUACGGGCCUUCAGGAGGCCACAAUGGUCUCAACGACCUUGCCAAGUGCGCCAUAUGUGGCUCCUACGAGCACUUCAGCUCCAAUUGCGACAACGAAGAGGCAAAAGCUGCCGCCCUUGGCAAUUGUAGCCGAUGCUACCGCCCUGGACAUAGCUAUGCAAGCUGUAGCGCUCCUCGUUGCAUCACCUGCGGCGAAAUCGGGCAUCUCGCGAAAGACUGCAAGGCCCCUUCGGCUAUGAGGCUGACCGAAGCCCAGCAGAAAGAGGUGAGGCGACAAGAAGUCCGGUUUGGUGCUACCAAAGAUAAAGCGAGAGAAAGACGAGCAGAGAAACAACUUGGGGAACACGGCGCAAAAAUCCCCACGGUGAAGAGCACCUUGCCGCCUGUCAAUGGUGCAAAGAGCGAUGUGGCUAAGAGAAAGAGAGACGAAUCAAGCGAUUCCGAUCGAGGCAAGGUGGCCCGCAUCAACAAGGAUGGCAGAAGUCUCCCUGCUAAACCCAACAUCGGUCCCGGGUUGGGAUCUAGUCAUGUUCCGCCACCCGGUCCGGCAGGACUACCACGGCGCCCACCUGUGGCUGCCGCUACUCCAGGCUCUGGCAAUGGUACUAAGACCAACAACAUCGAACCUGGACCUCGGUCUGCAUCUGCUCGGGUGCCUCCCUCCGGCCCGGCAGCAGCAGGACCGCGACAGCCUGUGGCUGGUGCUGGUGGCCGGCCAGGAACAAUCAAUCACGGUCAGCCGAUGGUCCGAAAGAAAAAGACCAACGCCGAUGACAUGUUUAUGAAACGAAGAUGA